AUGGCAGGUUCAAAAGAAGAAAUUGCAGCUUUAAACUUUAAUGAUGAUACUACUUCUAUAUAUUUUUCAAAUUCACCCUUACAUUGUGAAACUCAUAGUAUUUUAACUAAUGACAUUUAUGAAGACUCUAUAAAUAGAGAUGAUGUUUCGCUUGAGCUGAUUCCUAUUAAUUUUCUUUAUGAAUACAAAGAAUAUGAAUCAAGUUCUAAGUUUAAUUUUUUUUCUCUUCAAUCUCAUAAAGAUUUAUUUCAAAAAAUGAUAGAAUCAAUAGUAGAUAAUUAG